GAGAUGAGCAGCAUGAGACCUGGGAACCAAAGCAGUGUGUCCGAGUUCCUCCUCCUGGGGUUGCCCAUCAGGCCAGAGUACCAGGGAGUGUUCUUUGCUCUGUUCCUGGGCAUGUACCUGACCACAGUGCUGGGCAACCUGCUCAUCAUCCUUCUCAUAAGGCUGGACUACCGUCUGCACACACCUAUGUACUUCUUCCUCAGGCACUUGGCCUUCUCUGACAUUUCUCUGUCAUCUGUCACUGUUCCUAAGAUGCUAAUGAAUAUGUACACACAGCAACCAUCCAUUCCCUAUGUGGGAUGCAUUUGCCAGUUGUAUUUUUUCAUACUUUUUGGUGGUCUUGACAAUUUACUUCUGGCAGUCAUGGCAUAUGACAGGUACGUGGCCAUCCGUCACCCACUAUACUACACCACCAUCAUGAGGGAGGGGCUGUGUGCACUGUUGGUGGCUGGAUCCUGGAUCAUCUCCUCUGGCAGUGCCCUCUUGCACACCAUGCUCUUGGUCCAACUGUCCUUCUGUGCCAACAAUGUCAUCACCCACUUCUUCUGUGACCUCACUGUGCUCCUGAAGCUCAGCUGCUCAGACAUCUCCCUCAAUGAGCUGGUCCUCCUUCUCCAGGGGGGAGUGUUUUCUGUCCUGCCUUUGGCUAUUAUUUUUGGGUCAUAUAUUCAUAUAGGAACCAUCAUCCUGAAGGCUCCCUCCACUAAGAAACUCUUGAAAGCCUUUUCUACCUGUGGCUCCCAUUUUUUUGUGGUGUCUUUAUUCUAUGGGACACUUGUAGGUGUUUACUUAUUGUCCUCAUCAUGGGAUUCUAAACACAUAAUUGCUUCAGUCAUGUAUUCAAUAGUUACCCCCAUGCUGAACCCCUUCAUCUACACCCUGAGGAACAGAGAUAUAAAGCAGGCCUUAGAAUGUUUGUCAAUUGGGUUAAAGAAGUUAAUAUGUCAGUGA